GUCGUCACGAUAGUCUUCAAAAAUCAAAUGCGCCCGCUUUCCUGCCUGACCUCUUCCCCCCACCCCCAAGACCAGAGCUUGAAAGUCCCGCUUCGCAGCUCCCGUCAACCUCUCAAUUCUCGCAAUGCCUCUCGGUCUCGCUGCCCUGAAUCCUCAGGGCCUCAUACGAAGGAUCAAGUCUACUCGCAAGAAGCACCAUGCCGGGCGCCAAAGUGAUAACGUCGAAACGACCAAAGGCUUCGCUUUGUUCGCAGCGAAGAAAGUUGCCCCUCCCCUCGUUCGAGAGAAGGAAUGUGCCCCGCCCGUUGUUCCUGCUCGUCUUUGCCGCUCAGCUGCGACAGCGCCUAGCGAAACGCAGACGCCGCUCGAUUGCGUCUGCGCGCAGCGUAUCGAAGAGCUGGAGCAGGAGGUCGCAGCCAUAAGGGUCCUUCUAUCCGAACACAUCUCGGCAGCCUCCCAGGUCAAGAGCACCCACCGUUCCUCGGCUCAGCUGGAGAGCGUCGCUGUGCAGACCGACAUCGAUACUUCCCCCAUCGUGGGAAAAUCCCCGUCCCCCAUCCCCCUCGAAGAUGGUUACCUCGAGGAGCGCUCGUCGUCUCCUACAACUCCAACCUCCGACCAUGGCGACGAAGACACUAGCUACGGCUCGAUCGACAACACCCCCGACCUCACCUUCGACCAUCCCACCGAUGUCUCUUACUCCGCCUCUUCGAUGGACGAAGACAACUCUCCUGUCCUCACUGUGUUGAACGCGGCUGAGCUCACGUGUGCGCGUACUGCCGGCAUGCAUUAUCCCCACGAUCAUCUCGGCAGGGAGUCGGCCGAUUGUGGCAUCGUGGAAGAGCAUAGUGCUUCCCUCGACCAUGGCAGCACGUUCGAGCUCGAGCAUCUUCCAUCCCUUCGGAAGCACGUUAUCUGGGGUGAAGACGUCGUCGAUGACCGAUCCGACGUUGCCUCAGACUCGGCCUCUAUCUUAUCCGAGCCGGAAGUUGUCUCCAGCGGACUGCUCGACGCGAUAGACGAACUGCUUGAGGAGCUUCGCGAUGCACCUCAACGUCGUCCGGCCUUGCUCGACCGCAGGCCAUCCUUUGAGACUAUAAGUCUCGUACAGGCUCGCGAGCAGCGUAUUCACAAAGAGAAGCAGUAUACUAGACUGCACCGUUCGCUCGAAGCAGAGGACCUUGACGCUCGGCACGAUGAUUUGUGCCAACGCCGCCCAACCGUCACCGGAUACUACUAUCAGCGGGCCUCCUACCAUCUGCUGCCAGUGUCCACGUUCUUCCCACCUCACCCCAACUCGAAGCGUCUGCCCAAGUCGAUGAAGCCCUCUUAUAAGUGUGGACUGCCCGGUCUCGAAGAAGAUCUCCCACCCGAGUAUACGCCCUCUGCGGACGACUCGCUUCCACCUGCAUACGCAUUUACCGAGGACAUGGUCAAACGGGUGAAGGCCUUGGCACCUGCCUCUGCCGGACCCAACCCGCAUCCCAUAUCGAUGACGCAAUUCUUCGAAUUGCUAGACAUAGUCAAAGCUGGGAAACCCCUACCCAUCUUCUCAAUCGGCUCUUGCGAGGUCAUCCACCAGCCGACGACGAAACGCGUGGUCAAUUGGCGCAACAUCUACCUGGAGGCUGGCUGCGAUGGUACUCCUCCGGCCCAACGCGCCACCGACGUGCUCGAUCGCGCCGCCGCAUUCGAUGGCGUCGUUCCCCUGACAUAUGUGGGGGUUUACGACGUCGGCGAGCCGAUCGACGAGCAGGACAUGUUGCACCGCACUGUCUACAAUAUCGCUUUCAGGAUGCAGCCCGCGGAGUACCAAGCGACGGGGAAGAUCUUGGCCGGAAUAUACAUAGCAAACGCCAAGCAGAUCGUGCUGCAGGCGUUACGGCGGGAGCAGGACGCGGAUGAGGCGCCUGAGCAGCCUCUGCCAGUCGACGAGCAGCGAUGCAAGCCGUUGCCUUCGCAACGGAGACCGCCAUCUUGCGUCCCCAGCGAACUCAUCGACCCUGAUACGGGCUGCAUCAUGGAUCCUGGCUCUUCUCCCACCCCCAGUCUACCCGCGCUCCCCCUUGUCGAGCCCUCCGCUCCUAUGCCUGUACGCUAUUACACUCCUCCACCGUCCAUCGAGCCACCUGUUCACUGGAUCGGAACGCAACUGCUAUCCUCCUUGGACGACUACUAGAUAAGCUCGAAGUCUCCUUUAUUCCAAAUGUACUUGUGUUCCGACUUUUUCUUCCUUUUUCCGUGUACUAUCACUGCUUCGUAAGUAGGUACUAUACAUCGACGUCGGUCGGUGCUGUGGGGUCUUCCUAUCGGCUUUUUCAUCUCUUCUCAUCUUGUACUCAUAUCUCCUGCUGUCCCUCGAAUUGAUCGUCCUUUUGGCAGGCAGCGGCUGAGGUCGGUAGACCCCAAGCGCGCCUUGCCACAAAUCUCUUCCUACUAUUGUG